CAAUUCGCAAGUUGGUCACUUACGCGCCAUGCGCGCGUAAAAAACUCGUGUUCCAACCUUUUCACAAACCAUCGUGUACUGAGCGCCAUCUCUUAUCCAAAAGAAAUAACAGAAUUGGUUUUUCUUAAAAUGUGUUGAAACACAAGGCUGUCAAACGAGAAGCGGAACUAAAUUGAUAAAUUACACAUCUUCACGACUGUUUUUCGUCGAACAAAAAAUGGAGGUAAGAUAAUACAGGUUAUCCACGUGCAUCUGAAGAGAAAAGAAGAUCCGACAUUUGGUAAUAACUUGUUAUACCGAGAAUCUCACAUUCCCUUGUCCUGUCACUACCUCCCACUUUGAGAUGAAUGGUCCCAUUUUCUUCACCAUGAACUAUUCCAUUUAUAGUUUUCUUUUGCCUUAUAAUCCUAUUUUCCAAACUUUCCUUUUUGUAUAGCAGUACUUUUACCUCCAUAUUUACUCUAGAUCGUCAACAUUGGCCAACCAAAUCGGUUGGUUAGUAAUGACGUAGGCGAAACAUUGGAAAGCGAUGGAACGAGAACGAUCUCUUCUCCAUCCGUGACCAUGCUGUCAUCGUUAAUCAAAGUACGUCGAUUAACAAGAUCUCGAUCCCGUUUUUUCAAAGUUAUUCUGUCUUUAUUGAAUUUUGGUCUUGGGGUUGAGCCAAGGCGCCUUUUUCAUAGUACUUGGGUUGACCUCAAACAUAUGACAACUAGUGUUUAUAUUUGUCGUUGACAUCAAACGUCGUUCUGCAUCUCUCAGUUUACUGUUCCUAUAGGAUUUGAAUUUCAGUAAAAGCAUUCUGUUACGCACACGAAUUCGUAACGGACACACACAAGGAUUACCUACUGUGAUAACUAAAUUAGAGACGACAUGGCUUCCAUUUCCAAACAUGUUGCAAAGUAUGGAUAUCUGCUCAUCCUCAAACGUUAAUACCCCUCCCCAGAUCGUAUGUGGGAGACUGGGAGGAGGCAUUUUUGUCUUUUCUAAUGGCUCCGGGACUUCUCUACCUCUCCGUCACUGAAUGCUGACCGCAUGUCCUCGUAGCUGAGAGCUUCGUAAACGUUUAUCUAACGUUCGCCUAUGACGCGCCUGCCCAUCAUUUGCGUACGUAUGUUCAAUCUCGUUGCACGAGGAUCUACGAUCUAGUUUCAAACGAAAAAUUCAAAGAUAAUAAGAAUAGAAUUAAAAUGUCGGAUUCACCGUCAUCAGCAACAGCUGAGAAAACAUCCAUUCCUGAGAAUGAGGAAACUGCUAUUCCUGUGACUGCAGAAACUUCUACGCCUGGGACUGAGGUAAAUUCUACCCCCGUAACUGGGGAAACUGCCAUCACCGCGACUGAGGAAAAUUCUAUCUCCGUGGUCGAAGAAACUCCUCUCCCAGUGCCCGAUGAAACUGCUACCCCAGAACGAGAAGAAACUUCUAUCCCCAAGAUCGAGCAAGAUGUCAUUCCUACGACUGAGGUGGACAAUGACGAAUCGAAAGAGCCGGAACUAGUCCCAGAUCCAGAAGAUCCGGCAUUCAAGGAGCUACGCCAACUCUUAGACGACUUUCAUCCUGUAUGGAAAAGAAGCACUGAGAUGGCCAAUGCUACAUAUGGCGUUGUUGUUUUCUUCGUCCAGGUAUUAAAUGUCUUUUACUGUUUAUGGUUUAUAAUUUCUGGUGUCAUUUGCAAUCCUUUAGUUGUGGGCCUUACUUAUUUCAACAAUGAAUGUGGAUAUAGACCCUACUGGCUUGAUAGUUGGGUAGCGAGUGUCGAUCUCACUCGCUAUUUGAUCGUUUUUGCCAUAAUGCUGGGUGGGAUGUUGGUUGCUUUACAUUCCUGGAGUGUAUACGUUUGCCAGGAUUUGUUUUGCCACUGUGUUUCUCGAGAAACUUUGGAUCUAUUGAAUGCCGCAAGUUGCCGAUGGGUUAAUCAACGAUUCAUUAUUGAUUUAUUGAUGAUUGGAACUGGUAUUUCGAUCGUGAUUUUCAAUGAAUGUUUUCUGUGCGUUCUUAUCUUCUUCAAACCUUAACCGAAGUUCUUUUGAAAUGGAACUUAAUGUUUAAUCUUAAUCGCAUUUUCCGUAACCAGUUCUUUUUUUGCAAAAAAAAUUCAUGCAUUUACAUUUCAUGUAUACCAAGGA